CCUAAUUGCAGAGAAUGAAUACAAAAGCAGAGCAGCAAGACAAGCUGUCUGCACAUUUUCUCGCACAUCUCAUUCUAACCUAGAAACUUCUCAUGGUAUCAGAGCGGCCGUUCUAGGCCAGGUUCCGCAACGGGAUGGCUGGGCACGAAGCUUCGCCGUUCACCGGCGAGACGCAGAGUGUGACCGGCGUCUUCAACACAUCUGGUGUUCAAUUGGGAUCUAAUGGUGGCGAUCAAUCUGGCAACAGCAGCAUCAUCACUUUUGGUAACCCACUCUACUUGAACCCAAAUGAAAAUUUCACCCAACCCAUCGUUUCAGAGGCACUCGAUGGGAACAACUACUCCAUGUGGAGUAGAUCCAUGAAGAAAGCUUUGAAGAUGAAACAUAAGCUGGGUUUCAUCGAUGGGUCCAUGGCGAUUCCAGCCAGAAACGAUCCAAGCUAUUUCUUAUGGGAUAGUUGCAACAUCGCAGUUGUAACCUGGAUUUUGCACUCUUUACAGAAAGAUAUAAAGAGAUCUGUUAUGAGUCAUGAAAAUGCUAAGACCCUAUGGGAUGAACUUCAUCGUAGGUUUGGUCAGCUAAAUGCUAAUAGGUUGACAAACUUAGAGGAUGAAAUCCACAGGUGUAAGCAAGGAACUAUGACUAUCACCCAAUACUACACCCUAAUCAAAGGAUUAUGGGAUGAGUAUACAGAAUUUAGCCCUUUUGUGGAGUGUAACUGCAUCCCAGGAAAUCCCAAUCCCUGUACUGCUGUGACUGCUUACAACAGGAAGCAGGAAACUGAUUAUCUAAUCAGGUUUCUACGAGGUCUGAAUCCAGAAUAUGAGGGAGUGAAGGAACAGCUCUUGAUGUUGAAACCACUGCCUACAGUAGCUGAUGCAGUGGAUGACCUACUCCAACAUGAGCAGGAAUUGAAGGCUAAUGGUUCAGGAGGAGGAAAGAAGUCACAAACUGUGGCUCUUGCAGUUCAGAGUGAUAAUACCAAGACCACAGAGAACACUGAAAAGGGUCAAGGUAAGAAGUACUGCAAGUUCUGCAAGAAGACUAAUCACAACAUAGAAGAAUGUUGGACUUACAAAAGGAAGAGUAGGGAGCAGGAGCAAGGUGGAAAUUCUCAGCCUGGUUCACACAAGUUUGUUGGUUCAGUGUCUCAAGGUAACUCCAGUGGGAGUGAGUCAUCUUCUGAAGUGAGUUUUCAUAAUGAGAGCAACAUGGUAAGUCCACCUCUCUUAAUUUUACUCCAGAAGAGCUGAACAAGUUGAGAUAUCUACUGCAUUUUGGUGCUAACCACCCAGCUCCCACCAACCAAACCCCUUCACCAUCACCUCCAACUUCACCCUCUAUCCAACACCAAGCCUACUCAGUUUCACAAUACCUUCCUCCAUUCCCAAACUACUUAGGUAAAUAUGUAAUAUCUUCAGCUAUAGACUCUAACUCUAAUAGAUCUAAUAGCUUGUGGAUAUUAGAUACUGGGGCAUCAGACCAUAUUGCCUGUUCUUUAGAGUUGUUUACUGAACAUACACAAGUUCAGGGCAUGUUUGUUCACCUUCCAAAUUCAGCUAAGGUUCUAGUCAGUCAUGUAGGAACUGUCAGAUUGCCUUUUGGACUUUUUCUCUAUAAUGUACUGCUAGUACCUAGCUUUUCUUUCAAUCUAGUGUCAGUUAGUAGACUCACACAUGAUUUUCCCAUAUCCUUACACUUUCACUCUGACAUUUGCCAAAUCCAGGACCUUCUAAACAAGAAGACGAUUGGUUUAGCAAGAGAGUCUAGAGGUCUUUAUCACCUUACCUUCACAAACCAGCCAUCAAACCUUCCAGCUCUUCACCAAACUCAAGUAGACCUGUGGCACUGGAGACUAGGACAUCCCAGCAAUGAUAGGAUUAAUCUGUUACAGCAUAGUGAUCCUGAUGUAACUCAUUCCAAAAUCGAUCAUUGUAAUAUUUGUCACUACUCCAAACACAAAAGGCUACCCUUUCUUGUUAGCACUAACAAUGCAGUUAGACCUUUUCAACUUGUUCACAUUGACAUAUGGGGACCUUUAUCUGUUGUGUCUCAUGAUGGAUAUAGUUUCUUUCUUACAAUUGUGGAUGACUGUUCAAGGGCUGUGUGGGUGUUUCUGAUGCAUAACAAAAGUGAAACAAGAGAUCUUCUUAAAGGUUUUUGCUAUCUGGUUCAAAACCAGUUUGACAGUAAAAUACAGGUCAUCAG